UUUUUUGAAGUAACAAAACGAAAGCACAACUGAAUUUGUACGGAGAGGUGUCAUAGGCUUUUCGCCGGAUGAGGCUGGUCGGGAUCCACCGUUCACCUCUCUCGUUUUCGCUGUUCUCUCUCUGCCCCAAAGGGCCCUUUGAUUCCUCAUGCCUGAGCAUUCGCACCAAUUUCUCACGCCCUCUCUCCCCUUCGUCGCAUGGCUUCUCCGUAAUCCACCAUAAUCGCCGACCACUUUUCUCUGUUAGAUGCCGCAGUCACAAUGCUUUUAGUAAAUCGGAUGAUGUUCAGAGAGGCCCUUCCAAUGGAGAAGAUAUGUUGGACAAGAACGAGAGCAGCAGGAAAAGCUCGUUCAGUUCUAAAGAGGUUCUUGAGAAAUUGAAGAAAUAUGGAAUUUCUGGAGUAUUGUCUUAUGGGCUACUUAAUACCGUCUAUUACACCAUAGCAUUCCUGUUAGUCUGGUUCUACGUGGCUCCAGCGCCUGGAAGAAUGGGUUAUGUUGCCGCUGUCGAGAGAUUUCUCAAAGUGAUGGCAAUGGUGUGGGCCGGAAGCCAAGUUACUAAGCUCAUCAGAGCUGGAGGGGCACUUGCUCUUGCACCGUUUGUGGACAGAGGAUUGACAUGGUUCACUCUCAAGUUCAAGUUUGAAUCUCAGGGAAAGGCUUUCAUGGCGAUUGUAGGUGUGUGUCUCGGCUUCGCUGUGAUGCUAUUUCUUGCCGUGACGCUGUUAUGGGCCUGAAAUCUCUUCUCUUUCUCUCGCUUCUCCUCCAUGGAAUCAGAGGGCUAGACUCAUUUUUCAAUUAAAAAAAGUUAUAUUUAAUUUUUAUAGUAUGUUUGAUUUUAAAAUGAUAUUAUAAUUACUCACAGGAGUUCGUUGUUUACUUUGGUUCGCAACUCAGCUUAAAGAUAUUGUAAAAAAAAUGUAUUCACUUUGAUUAUAGGGAUUGCGACCAACUUUAAAGAUACAAUCA